AUGUCAGAGGCGAGUCAAGGUGCUACUGGCCUUGGUGUCUCUGUGCCGGCCCCGGUGCACUCGCCGUGGCCUCGAGCCCACCCAGGUCCUCCACCGAGCAUAGCUAUACCCGGCCACGGCAACAACAGUUCCAACUUGACUACUCUGCCCGGGUCCAGCAGCAGUCACACGCGGAAGCUUUCUUUCGGGACUUGGUCGACGCACAAGAACAUCAAAUACGGCAGAGGAAAAUAUGCCGACGUCGAGCUCAUGCCGCAACCGAGCGACGAUGCCGACGAUCCUCUGAACUGGCCGCGAUGGCGCAAAGACCUCAACCUCGCGGCGCUCCUCUCCGUAGUCGGCCUCGUCGGCGCCAUGAAGACCGUCUUCCUCACGACCAAUGCCGUCGCGGCCGCGCACUACCGCACAUCCCUCGUCGUGUGCGGCGGGUCGUCGCUCGCGCUCGUCGGCAUCCUGUCCCUGGGCCUGGGCGUCAGCAACUUCAUGGGGGGGCCGCCGCCGCCGUCGCCCGCGUCGCACCCGGACGACGCGCUCUUCUCCCCGGACGGCGCGCGCCAGCUGAGCUUUGCGCUCGUCUCGUUCCAGCUCGCCAUCCUCGCCGCGGGCACCACGGUCCUCGACGCGGCCACCCGCCCGAGCCUCGCCCGCUCCGCCUCCUUCACCUCCUCCAACAUGGUCAUUGCCCUGCGCAGCAUCGGCGACAUGCACACGGGCGUCAUUGUUCUCCGCAACCUUGCCGCUGGCGUCUUUGUCCUGGCCAUUCCCGUCGCUGUCGCGCACCCGGGCGGGCUGAAGGCUGUUGCCCUCGGCCUCGGCGUCGCCCAGAUCGUCAUCUCCGCUGUCAUUGUCACGGCGCGCUGCUACUUUGACGAGUCCAUCUGGCGUGCUGACGGCAAAGUCAUGGGCUUGGUUGACCUGAGCAGCUUGAAGCGCUCCGCCAGCUUCUUUGAGACAGACUAA